CCCUUCCUCAUCGCUCAAACGGGCAUCUUGCAGCGGAACAGCCCUGGAUGUCGAAUACACACCCUAAUGCUUCUAGCCUCUGACCCCGCAAGUCGCCGCUGGCGGCAUUCUGCUCUCUUCGUCUCUGAGGUCAUGGACUGCUCUCACCCACACCACCCUCUCGACAAGUGUCGACAUGGAGUGUGAGAGGGUCCUCCGUCUCCGUCUCCCGGCAAUGCACAUGCUACAACCAUGGGAUUGCUGGAGCUAUGUGAUUCUGUCCCCCGGCCGGGCCCCUCCCCUCCAUCUCAUCACCUCCCCUCAGCCAGCCAUAUCCAUAAUCCAUACCAUACGCAUCCAUGAUCCAGCACCUGGGCCCUUGUUGGUCUUGACAUAUGUACUUCCCAGCAAAGCAGAUCCCAACAAGCUAAAGUAGAGUUGGACCGACAGGACCGGCCGGCCGGCAGAAGGGCCGCAUCUCUUACUUCCUAUGUACUCCCCCGUCCCACUCUUCUCCAUCCGUACCUAUCUCUGAGCUCUCUCUUGCUCUCUUCUGUGCGUCUCGUGUUUCUCUCUCACUCUCUCUCUCGCUUGCCCCCUUCUAGUCCCCUUCUUUUGCUGCUUUUGCUGCCCGGUGGUACGACGGAUCGACUGGCAACUCGUCCACGUACGCCUCUACGGAUACAUCCAUCCACCUUGGCCUUCGCCUUGCCGUCAAUAACCUGACCUGCAGGCCCGGCCACCGCACCCGCAUCCCCCGUCCCAUUCAUUCCCCCUUCUCUCCUCGGACACGGCCGACCUCCAAUCAACCUACCCACCACCCCCUUGAAGACUCACUUUGUUGCUAAUGCAUCCGUGAGCUGACACAUCCGGGGAAGGGCUUCCGGCAACAGAACCCAGAACCCAGAAAUACCCCCCCCUUCCGAGUCCGUAGAGAGCCUCAAUGAACCUUUUUCUUAAACCAUCGACCCAAACGGCGUCGUCUCCCCGUCGUCCACGGUCCCCGUCCGCCCGUACGCCGUCCGCUAUCAUCCCGGCAAUGGCUUUCGCAUCGUCGCCCGUUGACUCGCCGUCGUCCUCCUUCUUCGCCGCCGCCGCUGCCGCCCCGGACCUUGACGGCCUCGCCCAGGCGCCAGCGUCCGUCGCUCGCGCCAUCCUCGUGGCUCUCUGCGAUGACCGACGGGUUCGAGCCCAGGCGUUGAGACAGCUUGAGCGGCUGCUACGCUUUGAGGCCGAUGUCCGCGAAGAAGAGGAGGAAGACGGUGCCAAGAAAAGCCCCAAUUCCAUCUCAAGUCCGUCAAAUCCAAAGAAGAGAAAGGCAACCGGCGAGCCCAAGAUCUGUGUUCAGUGCGACGGCAUCUUCACGUCCGACGAGAACAGCUUUGGUUCAUGUUGGUACCACUCAGGCGAGCUAGAACUUUGGGAUGAGACGCAAAUACCACCAACAAUCUGGGACGACGUAUCGUCAGACGAGCUAGACACAGAUUCCAACCGCUUAGAGUAUCCCGCAGCGUUUCGAUGGUGCUGCUGCCAGAGGCUAGGCGACAGGCAAGGCUGCGUGCGCGGCACGCACGAGGCCAACCCGGACAGGAGUAAAAAGGGCCGCGGCAACGAGCUGUCCGAUCUUGAGGACGAUCCGCUGGAGCUCGACGACACCUCAUCGCAGGAGCUGGGACCGCCGCCGCAUCAACAGCACUACACGAUCUCGAACUCACCGACGGACGCUGGCCACAAGGCGACGACGGCAACGAUGACUGUGAGGACGGCAGCCGCAACGACGACAACGCACCAUCACCACCAACAGCAAUGACGUUCGAAAAAGGUUUUCUUGGAUUGUUUAUUAUUUUAAGGACAUGUUUAUUGUCCAUGUCAGAAACGAACUCGCUUCCAUGGUUCCCCUCCUUUCGGCCUUUCGGACGAGGCUGGUUUUGGUAGACCGGUCAAGGAAAUUAUUACGGUUUCGGUCAAUCGGAUGGGCUCCCGGCCUCCCGACCGAUGGUGGUCGGUCAACCGGUCGACAAGGCCACGCGAGAUUGAAAUGGAUUUUUUUAAGGUGCUGGCAGGGCUGUGAACAGACUCGAAGGGAGUCAAAGCGGCACAAGUUCUAAAAAACCGGAGCGGAGCGGAGCGAAGCAAAGCAAAGCAUUUUCCUAGGAGAAGGGGGAGGCAUAGCAUUUGGCAAGUUUGAUACAACAAGACAUUUGAUGGAUGAAGCGAGCAAGCAACAUUGAAGUUGGUCGGACAAGAAAUUGGAGGGGGCGAUGCUACUGUACUUUGGGGGCAGCUUUUUUGCCCAACCGGCCACUUUAUGCCCGACUUAUUGGCCAGGCUGGCAUUUCAUUGCCUUGCAUGAGGAUAUCCUCGUACAUCAAAGACAUCACGAAUAAUGGAGGCAGAACGUAAGAGCAUAUCAAUUGUAUUUCAGUGGUGGAAGAAUCAAUGAAUCGAGGGCCACUGGAGAAGGAGAGAGGGGGCAGCAAAAAGGACGGGGUGAAGAUGGCCCCCAGCACAGAGAGAAAACGUCGAUUUAGACAGACGAACGGGGCGAGCCCAAGUUUGCCAGCGAUGCAAUUUACCUUACUUCUCGUUUUCACGAGC